UUUGCAGGGUGUCUGUAAAGGGACGCAGUGAUUGCGAUUCGCUUGCGCUCUCCGCCGCUCAUUUAGGGGGUACUGAAAUAAGUACAUCGCUAAUGGAGGGGCAUACUAUAUUGGAUUAUUCACAGUCUAGUGGUUUUCUUGCAUAAACACAAGGAUUUUUUCUUGGCAACCGUUGAAGCUUUCGGAUGGCAUGCUAUUGCAUGAAAGGAGGAGCCUUCGUUUUCUCGCAACUGUAGCGUAGCAUUGCUUUUGCGCGUGAGCGUAGAGAAGUAGAUUGCCUACGCAGGUGAGCAUUAGCGACACCCAAAGUUUGUUCUUUACGCAAUCUGGUUUUGGUCUUGUUCAGAAAGAUAUCGUGAAGCGAAGAAAGCAUUCCAAAGUUCGUAUUGAGAGGUGGUGUGAACCAGCCUCACACCGUGAAACUGAAAAUAUAACGUCCAAUCAAACAGACUUGUCUAGGCUUGGACAUCACACUGCGUUCUACCCUUCAUUACCUCAGACAACAUGUCAUCUCAAACUAAAUAUAAGAAGGACAAGGAGAUCAUUGCGGAGUACGAGACGCAAGUGAAAGAAAUCCGGAACCAGCUGGUGGAGCAGUUCAAAUGCAUGGAGCAGCAGUCCGAGUCGCGUCUGCAGCUGCUGCAGGACCUGCAGGAGUUCUUCCGCCGCAAGGCCGAGAUCCAGCUGGAGUACUCCCGCAGCCUGGAGAAGCUGGCCGAGCGCUUCUCCUCCAAGAUCCGCAGCUCCCGGGAGCACCAGUUCAAGAAAGAUCAACAUCUCCUGUCCCCAGUGAAUUGCUGGUACCUGGUCCUAAACCAGACCAGAAGAGAGAGCCGGGACCACGCCAUUCUCAACGACAUCUAUACCAACAACGUCAUCGUGCGGCUGUCCCAAGUGGGCGAGGACGUCAUCAGGCUCUUCAAGAAGAGCAAGGACAUUGGAAUACAGAUGCAUGAGGAGCUGGUGAAGGUUACAAAUGAACUCUACACUGUGAUGAAGACGUACCACAUGUACCACACAGAGAGCAUCAGUGCCGAGAGCAAGCUGAAGGACGCUGAGAAGCAGGAGGAGAAGCAGUUCAGCAAGUCGGGCGACAUCAGCGUCAACCUCCUGCGCCAUGAGGACCGGCCACAGCGCCGCAGCUCCGUCCGUAAGAUCGAGAAGAUGAAGGAGAAGAGGCAAGCCAAGUACUCUGAAAACAAGUUGAAAUGCACUAAAGCCCGGAACGACUAUUUGUUGAACCUGGCAGCCACAAACGCCAUUGUUGCAAAGUAUUACAUCCACGACGUUUCUGAUAUGAUAGACUGUUGUGACCUUGGUUACCAUGCCAGCCUGGCCCGCACCUUCAGGACAUACCUGUCGGCUGAGUACAACCUGGAGACGUCACGCCAUGAAGGCCUGGACAUCAUUGAGAAUGCUGUGGACAACCUAGACUCCCGCAGUGACAAGCACAAGCUCAUGGAUAUGCACAGCCAGGUCUUCUGCCCACCACUGCGCUUUGAGUACCAGCCGCAUAUGGGGGACGAGGUGUGUCAGGUCAGCGCCCAACAGCCCGUGCAGACAGAGCUCCUGAUGCGCUACCACCAGCUGCAGUCGCGACUGGCCACACUGAAGAUCGAGAACGAGGAGGUCAGAAAAACCCUGGACGCCACGAUGCAGACCCUGCAAGAUAUGCUGACGGUGGAGGACUUUGACGUGUCUGAUGCCUUCCAGCACAGCCGCUCCACAGAAUCCAUAAAAAUGGCUGCCUCCGAGACCUACAUGAGCAAGAUCAACAUAGCCAAGAGGAGGGCCAACCAGCAGGAGACUGAGGUCUUUUAUUUCACGAAAUUCAAAGAAUACCUGAACGGCAGUAACCUCAUCACCAAACUGCAGGCGAAGCACGACCUCCUCAAGCAGACACUGGGAGAGGGGGAAAGGGCUGAAUGUGGAACAACAAGGCCCCCCACUCUUCCCCCUAAACCACAGAAAAUGCGGAAGCCUAGACCUCGUUCAGUGUAUAACCAUAAGCUGUUUAAUGGUAAUAUGGAGACCUUCAUCAAGGAUUCAGGACAAGCUAUACCAGUGGUGGUGGAAAGCUGCGUUAGAUACAUCAAUCUAUAUGGUCUGCAGCAGCAGGGCAUAUUCCGAGUUCCAGGAUCUCAGGUCGAAGUCAAUGAUAUUAAAAAUUCAUUUGAAAGAGGUGAAGACCCCUUGACAGAUGACCAGAGCGAUCACGAUAUCAACUCAGUGGCGGGGGUUCUGAAGCUGUACUUCAGGGGUCUGGAGAACCCGCUCUUUCCAAAGGAGCGCUUCCUGGACCUGAUGUCCACCAUCAAACUUGAAUCGAGCAUUGAGAGAGCUCAUCACAUCCAACAGAUCAUUGUGACGCUUCCUCGUACCAUCAUCAUCGUCAUGAGAUACCUGUUUGCGUUCCUCAAUCAUUUGUCCCAGUAUAGUGAUGAAAACAUGAUGGACCCUUAUAACCUGGCCAUCUGCUUCGGGCCCACGCUGAUGCCCAUUCCUGAAGGCCAGGACCCGGUGGCCUGCCAGGCCCAUGUCAAUGAGCUCAUCAAAACCAUCAUCGUUCAUCAUGAAGUCAUCUUUCCCGGCCAAAGGGAGCUGGAUGGCCCCGUCUAUGAGAAGUGCAUGACAGGAGGGGAAGAGUACUGUGACAGCCCUCAUAGUGAACCUGGCACCAUUGAUGAGGUGGACAACGGCACAGGGCCACACACCAGUGACGAUGAGGUCGAGCAGAUUGAGGCCAUCGCCAAGUUUGACUAUGUGGGCCGCACACCGCGGGAACUUUCCUUCAAGAAGGGGGCAUCUCUGCUGCUGUACCACCGGGCAUCGGAGGACUGGUGGGAGGGGCGGCAUAACGGUGUGGACGGGCUGAUACCCCACCAGUACAUCGUGGUCCAGGACAUGGAUGACGCUUUCUCUGAUAGUCUCAGUCAGAAGGCAGACAGCGAGGCGAGCAGUGGGCCCCUUCUGGAUGACAAGUCCUCGUCGAAGAAUGACAUCCAGUCCCCCUGUGAGCCCCCGCUUGACUACAGCUUUGGAGGCGUCCUGGGACGAGUGAGGUUACAAUCCGACGGAGCCGUGAUCCCUCGCUGCCGGAGCGGUGGCGAUACCCACAGCCCCCCCAGGGGGGUAGACACCCCCCCGCGGGCUGCCGCCUGCCCCAGCAGCCCCCACAAGAUGGCCGUCAGCAGGGGGCGCGUGGAGAGCCCCGAGAAGCGACGCCUGGGCACCUUCGGCAGCGCGGGCAACGUCAACUACCCCAACAGGAAGGCCUACCCCGAGGGCCACCCGCUGAGGCCUGCUCCCAGCACCACCCGACACAGCAGCCUGGGCGAUCCCAAGUCCCUGGAGGCCGAGGCCCUUGCAGAGGACAUUGAGAAGACCAUGAGCACAGCACUCCACGAGCUACGGGAGCUGGAGAGACAGAACACAGCAAAGCGGGCGCCGGACGUGGUACUGGACACCCUGGAGCCCGUGAAGCACCCAGCCGGCUCCGAACCGGCCAGCCCGCUGCACACCAUCGUGAUCCGCGACCCGGACGCCGCCGGACGCCGCGGUGGAGGCGGCGGCCCCGGCCAGGAGACGAUGACCACCUUCAAGCCGGCCCCGUCGGCUCGCCUGGCCGGCGCUCAGUUGCGCCCCUUGCCUGCGAGGCCAUCCAGGCCGGCACCCGUUCAGCAUCGCUCCAGCAGCUCCGGCUCCUCCGGGAUGGGCAGCCCCGUCGUCACGCCCACGGAAAAGAUCUUCCCCGGCAGCUCCUCCUCCGACAUGUAGUGCCGCCCCCUCCGUCCUGAAGCCUUUGAGCCUUGUUUUGUACAGAUGUUUUUUCUUUUUCACAUUUGACUUGAAUUCAUGUGUUGCCACGGUGACCAGUCCAGUAGAGGGUCUGAGACUGGUCGGUGCACUGUAGCGCUAGCGUAAAACUCUGGCACAUCCCCUUUCUGCACGCCGGCACCGCUGAGAGACACUGGAAGAGCAGAAAAACCUGAAAGGAGCAAAAGCUAGAAAGAAAGCAUUUGACCUUUUAGUUUAGGUGUUUUGUUUUACCUCAUAAAAAGAUUUGUCUGGCCCCGCUCUGGGGACUCAUGAAGUGAAGAUGAGAGGUUCUGCAGUAAGUUAGGCCACCACUCAUUUAUAUCCAACACUGGCUGUCCACAGGACAACCACGUUAUCUCCGACUUGAGCAGUCCUUUACAUAACUGAAUUGCAAAUUCAGUUUUCACUUUCCCUCAGAUGUUGUGAGUGACCACGAUGGCUCUCAUCUUUAGAGUUGUACAUAGAUAUACUUACUUGAAGUGGCAUUCCUUAUGAUUGUAUAAGGAAUUAUCUGCAAAAUAGUAAUAUAGCAAACAAAGUUGUUUUCAGACAUACAGAUUGUAGUAGGAAUCUUAAAUUGGUGUACAAACUAAUAAUAAGGAACCUGUGAUAAACCUGUAGUGUAAUGUGCAUAUUAAUAUUGAUGCUAGUUCUAUUUUUGUUAGUGAUAAUCUUGUACAGGCCAAGACUUAAACAAGAAUUUAUGAAUGGAAUUUGGAAAGAACUCGCAAAGAUAAAAACAUUGCUCCAAUGUGCAGUUUUGUCUUUCAUUUUGUGUAAUGAUUUUGCUUUGACUGUACAACCAGCCCAACCAUAUUCUGUGAACAAACAACAUGAUUUUGUAUUAUACUGUAAUUUUUCUGUGAUGCUUUUGUUUUGGCAUUUAAAUGGGAGUCAAUUCCCUGCUGUUCCAGUUCACGUUUUUCCUAGUUUGUCAUUGGUAGGGUAGGUUGAUAAUAGAGGUAGAUAGUCAUUGAUUGUAUUCCACAAUAUUCCCCAUAAUUCAAUUACCCUUUCAAUUCUGUCAUUCAAAUUCCAGUUAAGUAAGU